AUGGAGGCCUUCACCCGCUUCACCAACCAGACGCAGGGCCGCGACCGGCUCUUCAGAGCCACUCAGUACACAUGCAUGUUGCUUAGGUAUUUGUUAGAGCCCAAAGCUGACAAAGAGAAGGUGGUAAUGAAGCUCAAGAAACUGGAGUCUAGUGUGAGCACUGGCCGCAAAUGGUUCAGGCUGGGCAACGUGGUCCACGCUGUGCAGGCCACUCAGCAGAGCAUCCACGCCACGGACCUGGUGCCCCGCCUGUGCCUGACCCUCGCCAACCUGAACCGCGUGGUCUACUUCAUCUGUGACACCGUCCUGUGGGCGAGGAGCGUCGGGCUCAGCUCCAGCAUCAACAAGGAGAAAUGGCGGAUGUGGGCCGCCCGCUACUACUGCUGUUCGCUCCUGCUGAGCCUGGCCAGGGACCUGUACGAGAUCUCCCUGCAGAUGGAGCAGGCCGCGCGGGACAAAGCCCGGAGGGACGAGGCGCCCUCCCAGGAUCCCCUGGGGCACUGCGUGGCCGACGAGGAGACGGAGUGGCUCCAGUCCUUCCUCCUGCUCCUGUUCCGGUCGCUGCGGAGGCAUCCCCCUUUGCUCCUGGACACGGUGAAGAACCUCUGUGACAUCCUGAACCCUCUGGACCAGCUGGGCAUCUAUAAGUCCAACCCCGGCGUCAUUGGCCUCGGGGGCCUCGUGUCCUCGGUGGCCGGGAUCAUCACGGUGGCCUGGCCCCACCUGAAGCUGAAGAUCCACUGA